AUGUCCUCUGUUACCAUACACGUGGCUGGUGAAUUAGAUAUACCAGAACUUAUUCCACUUAUGCGUGCUUAUUGUGAUGAUUCAGAUGAGCCACAUGUAGCUAAACCAAGUACUGAACAACUUACCAUUCUUUGUCAUGAUGUAUUAAAUGAUACAAAACAUAAUGGUAUUUAUUUAUUAGCACGAAAUGAAAAUAAUCAAGCAGUUGGUUUUGCAGCAUUAUUUUGGUCUUGGACUUUCAUACCACAGCCAGGUCGACAAGCUAUUUUAAGUGAUUUAUAUGUUAAUCCAAAUGCACGAGGUUUAGGUAUUGCUGGUGCUUUAAUAGAAGCAUGUAAAGAACAAGCUCGUCAAUAUCAUAGUAUUCAUUCGAUUAUCUGGCAAACAGCUUCAGAUAAUUAUUCCGCACAAAAAGUUUACGAACGAUUAGGUGUUUUACCAAAAAAAUGUGUUGAUUAUGAAUUAGUUUUAUUAAAAUAA